AAUGAGCCGUCCAGACACUCCUCUUCACUCUCCAUCACCAUCUCGCUCUCUGCAUCCUCCGGUCCAUUUCACCCUCGAAGCAAACCAUCUCAAGAAGCUCUCACCAUCUUGCGAUGUUGGUUGAUGCUGUGGUUGUGUGUGCUUGUUCUUGUGCGGUGAGCUGAGAGGAGCGGAGCACAGCGCGGUUUGCAGCUUGCGUGCGUUCUUGGCCACCUGGACGGUCGCUGUCUCUGCUCUGCUUUUGUUGCCUUUUGGGCUUCUCCCUCUGCUUUCCCACCUCCUGCACUCAGCCAUGAUGGAGGCGCUGUGGGUUCGUUCUUGAGGUUUCCUUUCUCCCGUCGACAAAUCAACUUGCUACUUUCUUUAGUUUCAGGUGUAGUUUUGUCAGUAGGAGUUGCUACCUUUUGUUUGUGCUUUCGCUUGUCUUUUGUUUCGCAUCCAAUCCUCUCGUUUCGGCUUAUUUGGGGCGCUUCCUGGGGACGCCUCAGAAAGUCAGAAUCGGGUGGUGUUGAUGUGUAGGGUUUGAGGCGAGUUCCCUCCCUGUUCUUGGCCGCCAUUAGCUGCCGAGGAUUGGUUCAAUUUUGCUAACUGGGUGUCAGGUUUCUUGCUUGGGACUGCGCCAAUUGGACCUGAAAUUUUUGUUGCUAGUGCAUAAAAAUUUGUUCUUGGGCUCGGUUCUUGGUUUCCUGCUUUGAGUUGGCGCAAACUGGGAUGCUUUUGGGCGCUGUGAGGAUGGAGGAGAAGAAGGGGGAUGUGAUGGGGAGGGAGAGGGGUCAGUUCCCGGUCGGCAUGCGUGUCCUCGCUGUCGACGAUGACCCGGUGUGCCUCAAGGUUCUCGAGACCCUCCUGCGGCGCUGUCAAUACCAUGUAACAACAACCAACCAGGCCAUUACUGCACUGAAGCUGUUACGGGAGAACAGGGACAUGUUUGAUCUGGUUAUCAGUGACGUACAUAUGCCCGACAUGGAUGGCUUUAAGCUCCUUGAGCUUGUAGGGCUUGAAAUGGACCUCCCUGUUAUCAUGUUAUCGGUGAAUGGAGAGACAAAAUCCGUGAUGAAGGGGAUAACUCAUGGCGCCUGUGACUAUCUCCUGAAACCAGUUCGUAUCGAAGAGCUUAGGAAUAUAUGGCAGCAUGUUGUUAGGAGGAAGUUCAGUAAGCGCGAACGCAGUAAUCUUGAUAUCUACAAAGAAUUCAAUAAGCCACCAAGCGCAGAUUCAUGCCAUGGGCACAUUCAGAUCAUUGGUGGGGCUUCUGACCCAAGUGGGAGGAUCAUCAAGAAGAGGAAGGAACUGCAUAGUGACGAUGAAGAUGACGGCGAGGAGAAUGAUUUUCAAGAAGGUGAUGAACCCUCAGCAGCUAAGAAGCCAAGAGUUGUUUGGUCAGUUGAACUGCAUCGGAAAUUUGUUGCGGCUGUCAACCAGCUUGGAAUUGAUAAAGCUGUACCGAAAAGAAUUCUUGAGCUUAUGAAUGUGGAGAAACUCACCAGGGAAAAUGUUGCGAGUCAUCUACAGAAAUACAGGCUCUACCUCAAACGUUUAAGUGUCGUGGCGUCACAACAAGCUAGCAUUGUUGCUGCUCUUGGAGGUAGAGACCCCUCCUUUCUUCACAUGGGAGCAUUUGAAGGACUUCAGAGUUACCAACUUUUCCCCCCUUCUGCUGCUCUAUCAUCUUUCAACCCACAUGGCUUACUGGGUAGAACAAGUGCAACAACAUUUGGGCUUCAGGAGCUUGUUCCUACCAAGCCAAUUCAAACUGCUACUAACAACUGCACAACAAGUCACAGUGCUGGUGAUACAAACAAAUUUCAGUUUGUCGGUUUACAAGAAAACCAACAGGCAAAUCUAACACAAUGCUCAACCUUGCCUCUUGGGCAGUCCCAACUCCAGCAGAAGUGGAUCCAUCAAGAAACUAAUGAUUUGUCUACCGUCUUUUCUGGGAGUGCACUGGCUAACACUAUGUCCAGCACAUUCCAAGGAGUUACAAGCAGUCCAUUGCCACCGCAAGAACUUUUGGAAUGCACGCAAGUUAGUGUCCAACCAUCAGUAAGAAUGCCGUCGGUGAGUUCCGAACUGCUUGAAGGGACUGUUGGAGUUUCCACUAGUUUACGGGAUUCAAGUAUAUCCCAACAGGGUGCCCUUUCAAUAAAUGAUGGAUUUUCCGCCGACAAGUUACCACCGAACAAUCCAUUUGAGAGCACCAGUGCAGCAAAAUUGGGUACUACCUUUGUGGCUUCACAAAGAGAGAUAGACCAAAACGGGAAAUUUUCAGUAAGCAGUGCCAGUGGUGGAGCUAGUUCUUCCAGCAGUACAUUGCUGCUCCCUCCUUAUACUGAAAGACAUCUAAACUACAUGCAGUUUGGUGUUUCAAGCAAUGGAAGUUUCAACCAUAAUGUUGGUGCCUGUAUGACUGAACAGAGAAAUGCAAGUGUGCCAUCUCUUAUGCCACAAAUGAAGAUUCACACGUUAACAUCAGAAGAUAAACUGAAGCAGAAGAAUAUUUGUGAUUUGGGUAUUUCAAAGCUGAAUGGUGGUUUUAACUCUAGUAGCUGCAAUUUUGAUGGCCUUCUCAAUUCCAUGAUCAAAAUGGAGAAGGAUGAUAUCUCGUUCACCGAUAACGACAUGGGGUGUGACUUUUUUCCACUUGGUGCCUGCAUAUGAGAGCUAUUAGUAUCCCUCUUGCAGAUUAGUCCUCUAGGGGCAUUAGUCAGUUAUGCUGCUUGAUGUGUUACUAUGUCUAGUACUGUGCACACUAGGUACUUGGGAUACAAGUAGCUAAGGAUAGUGGCUUGUAAUUUGUACUUUUUUGAAUGGGAAAUGUGAAGUGAUUAUGUAUAGGGUUUGAGAUCGCUGAAGAGUUCAUUAUAAGUCAAUGUGUUAUAACUG